UACUCUCCUUCAGUAGUGUAGAAACAUCGAGCACCUUCUAGCAUCUCCUACAACCUCCGAGCAUCUUUUAGCGUCAUCUAUCUGUCGAUCAGCAGUCGAAAAAAAAAAAAAAAAAAAUGAACCUAUCCGGACUCAGUGGCGUUUCUAGUCCUCUGACGUCAUCUCCAUCCACGUGUCGAUAACGGCGGAAAGUUUGUCAUUUUCUCCACUUUUGACUUUGGACUAACGCGGGGGAGGAAAGAAGGACGCUCGUGGAGUUUGACGACGAGACACGGAAGGAUGGAGACUUUGUUCUACCUGCUCGUCCUCGCCUUCGCUCGGGGGUCUUCGGGUCUUGGCUACGCCGAACCUCACGCGGUGCUCGGCGGCCAAAGAGCGGCCAGCAGACACAGGAACUGGUGUGCGUACGUGCUGACGCGCACUGUCAGCUGUGUGAUGGAGGACGGCGUGGAGACCUACAUCAAGCCCGACUAUCAGCGCUGCACCUGGGGACAGUGUCCUCGAGUGGCGUACCGGACGUACCGGAGGCCGAGGUACAAGGUGGCCUACAAGAUGGUGACCGAGAUGGAGUGGAAGUGUUGCCAUGGAUACUCGGGAGAGGACUGCCACGAAGGGCCGAGGGCGACCAGCGACAGCAAGCGGCCCGGCGUCAAGCAGACGGGCGACACACCCGGCGGCGGCGGAGAAAGUGGAGAUGGUGACAGGGAGAAGGUGAGGAAGCUGGAAGAGACCAUCAGCCGCCUGACCAAAGACCUCCACAGCAUGCAGACCUCCAUCCACGAUGUGAACCAGAGGCUAUCCCGACUGAAUGGAGCUAUUGUGCCAGCGGACUCAGCCCAGCCGCACAUGAAGGAGACCAUCAACAACAUCCAGAACAAGCUGGACCAUCUGUACAACAAGACCCAGGUCCACGACCAGACCCUGGUCAACAUCAACAACCACUUGGAGAACGGAGGCGGCAACGAGCUGGACGGAGACGCCGUGGGAGGAGGAGGAGGAGCUAAGGGGAAGCAGCUGACGACGCUGAAGGAAGAAAUACUGACGGAGUUGGAGAGAAGAGUGACUCUGUCCUGCUCCGCCUGCCAGGCUGGCGUAGAGGAUGUGAGGCGGCAGCAGGAGUCGGACAGAGAAAGAGUGCGAGCGCUGGAGAAGCUGAUCAACUCCAUGGACCAACAUUUUAGGCAGAGCCUUCAAGUCCUUCAAAGUGAGACGGAGCAGUCCCAGACGUGCUGCAAGACAGUCAGUGAGCUGGAGAAGAGAUUGUCUGACCUGGACGGCCAAGUCACCGCCACUGCCAACAAGUGUGACACCAUCAAAGGACGUCUGGACAAAGAGCUGGCUGGAACCGGGGGCGGCAAGGGAAGAGUGACUGAGGACAGGUUGAACGGAAAACUGCGGGAUUUGGAGAAGAGGGUGAAUAACACCGUGAGAAAAUCAGAACAGAAGUGCAUCAACACUGGGAACAACCUUAAGGACGGUGUCCAAAGAGACGUGACGCAGCUACGUAACGUGGUCUUCAGUCAACUGGAUGAGCACAGAUUCAAGAUCGGGAAGCUAGAGCUUGACGUGUCUGUCCUUGGGGACACGGUUACAGACCAUAGUCGACGUCUGAGCCAGCUGGAGAACAUCACAACCUUCCUGGACAGGAGGUUAACGGCGACUUCAAAAGUGUGUGACGAUACAUGCGGGCUGAAGGACAAAGAACGCAAGACCGAAGACACCGUCAAAACCUUGGAAUGGAGGGUUGUGGCUAACCAAGGGGAAAUCCAGAAAUUUAACACGAGAUUAAACGACUUGUCCGUGUCGGGUGACUCACUGGCAGACAGAGUCGAAAACUUAACGGAUGAUGUGAAAAAGAUCAUUGCUAUGACCGGGAAGGACGGUGAACACUUCAACAGGAUCGUCUCAGAGGUUGACACGUUGAGCCAGGAUUGGGAAGACUGUUCCGUCUGCGCCAAUGUUGACGAGGACUUACGUCUGCUGGCCAACUCCACCGCCGUCGGGCUCAGCAAGUGUCAGACCGAAGUGGACGAUCUGCGGAAAACCGUGGAUUCAGGCGAAACGGUGUGCUCUCAGGUGUGCUCGAACCUUCAAGAAGAGGUGGGGCGACUCCGGGAAGAAGUGGAGGAAAGCAAUGCUCAGUGCAAAAUCAGCAUCGACGACCUGACCAAUCGCCUUGAUGGCCACCGGGACCACAACGGGAGACUGGGAGGCGAUCUGAAGUCCAUCCAAGGAGAGUUAUCCAAAGUGAUGAUCACGUUCGGCUCCAUCAACAACACGCUGAGAGGCAUGGGAACGACGAUACAAACCCAUGGGAACACCAUCGGUGAUCUGACCAACACUAAGGACCGGAUCCAGUCUCAGGUGGACAUUUUGAAGAAGGACCUGUGGGACCACAUUGAAGACUCCAGCGUUCGAUUGGACGGUCUUGACCAAGACAUAGAAGUGAUCAGGAGUAACUUUGUGACGGAAGUCGGCGAGUGUCGCCGAGCGAGCGACGGCUUGCAGGGACGACUCACCAAGCUUGAAGGAGUUUGCAGACGCUUUGACUCUUUUUCAGACAGCCUGCAGACCAUUAAGGAGGGCCUGAACCAACACGUGUCGGCUUUGUGGAACUGCGUCAACGGACUCAACGUGACGGUCACGUCUCAAGGAGGUCUUAUCGAUAAUAUCCAGAAUGUGCAGCUGGAAAAAGUCUAUGGGAACAUACACAGACUGAACUCGUCUCUGCUGGACUUGAAGGAGGAGUUCUAUGAGUUCACAGAACAGGAUUUCACGGGCCCACCUGGUCUGGCAGGUCCCAGAGGAGAGCGAGGAGCGCCUGGAGCUCAGGGAGCUGUGGGACCCCAAGGAAGGGUGGGACCCCCGGGUGAAAUGGGCAAACAAGGACCGGCUGGACCACCAGGCCUGAGAGGUGAACAAGGUGUUGCAGGGGCAGACGCCCACGUGCCCCGCCUCUCCUUCUCCGCCGCCCUGACUCGACCAAUGAGAGGAGCAGGAACUAUUGCCUUCAACCAAGUCUUUGUCAAUGAAAACAACGUCUAUGACCCCAAAACAGGUUAUUUCACGGCCCCCGUCAGAGGAAGGUAUUUCUUCAGCGCUAUCCUGACCGGCCAUAAGAACAUGAAAAUCGAGGCGGUGUUGUCCAAGUCCAAUACGGGUGUGGCUCGGGUGGACUCUGCCGGGUAUCAGCCAGAAGGCCUAGAAAAGCCCAUGGCGGAAGCCAAACACAUUCCUGGUGCUCUGGCAGUCUUCAACGUCAUCCUGCCCAUGGAGGCGGGGGACACGGUCUGUAUCGACCUGGUCGCCGGCAAGCUGGCUUACUCCUCGGAACCUUUGACCAUCUUCAGCGGGACGUUGCUGUACGAGAACUUCUGAUCCAAGAUCACGUGGACUCCAUGUACCGGACAAUUCAGAGUUCUUACAGGGAAUGUUUUAACGUUCCCAUUCCACUUUACAGCUUUAAGAGAACACUUUCCUCUCAAAAUGUUGGGAGUUGUUACCAAAAACUUGAAGUAUUUUGUGACAACAAAGCCCUCAGGUGUAGUGAAUGAAGUUAAAAUUGUUUUUUCCCGAUGUCUAGUAAUUUUUUUCUAAGGAUGAAGUCUGUCUUCAGUUAGUCAAGGAUUGAGCGAUGGGUUUGGUCGGAGUCUGAUUCAACCUGGCAGUGAAAUGAUCAGACGUUAAAGUUCUGCACCUGCUGAGGUGCAGGAUGGAGUCUGUCAAUAGUAGUCAAACAUUCCUUUGUGCAGACAAAUAGUCUCACGGAUCUUAGCUCGUGUCCCCGCUUACAAAGUCUUCAUCAGUUCAGAACUCUUCCGCAUGACUCGCAAUUGUCCUCCAAAACACUAGAGGCAGUGUUUUCCUGAGUCACUAACCGCACCUCUUGUUGACUAUUAGCUUCCUGUGUGUAGUAGUUGUCGGGAACUACAUUCUUCUACGUAGGCCACACUGAUUUCUUCUUCUGCGGAGUCGACAUAUAUUUCUUCUACUUUGUUGGCGACAAAUAUUUCUUCUUCUUAGUUGGUGACAGAAAUUGCUUCUUCUUAGUUGGCGACAGAUAUUUCUUCUUCUUUGUCGGUGACGGCUAUUUCUUCUUCUACAUUUGCGCCAGAUAUUUAUUCUUCUUUGUUGGUGACAACUUUUAAUUCUUCUACAUAGGCAACAGCUAUUUCUUCUUCUUUAUUUGUGACAGAUAUUUUUUCUUUGUUGGCAACGGCUAUUUUUUCGUCUACGUUGGCUAAGGCUAUUUUUUCUGCUAUGUUUGCGAAAGAUAUUUCUUCUUCUGUGUUGGCAACGGCUAUUUUUCGUCUAAUGUUGGCGACAGCAAUUUCUUCUUAUUCGUUGGCAAAAUAUAUUUUUUCUUCUAUGUUGGCAAAAUAUAUAUAUUCUUCUUUGUUGGCGACGGCUAUUUUUUUUUUCCGUUGGCAAAGGCUAUUUUUUCUGCUAUGUUUGCGAAAGAUAUUUCUUCUUCUGUGUUGGCAACGGCUAUUUUUCGUCUAAUGUUGGCGACAGCAAUUUCUUCUUAUUCGUUGGCAAGAGAUAUUUUUUCUUCUAUGUUGGCGAAAUAUAUAUAUUCUUCUUUGUUGGUGACGGAUAUUUUUUUUCUCCGUUGUCAAAGGCUAUUUUUUCUGUUAUGUUGGCGAAAUAUAUUUCUUCUUCUGUGUUGGCAACGGCUAUUUUUCGUCUAAUGUUGGCGACAGCAAUUUCUUCUUAUUCGUUGGCAAGAGAUAUUUUUUCUUCUAUGUUGGCGAAAUAUAUAUAUUGUUCUUUGUUGGCGACAGCUAUUUUUUCUUCUCCGUUGGCAAGGGCUAUUUUUUUCUGCUGUUUGCGAAAGAUAUUUCUUCUUCUGUGUUGGCAACGGCUAUUUUUCAUCUAAUGUUGGCGACAGCAAUAUUUUCUUAUUCGUUGGCAGCAGCUAUUUUUUCUUCUUUAUUUGUGACAGAUAUUUUUUCUUUGUUGACAACGGCUAUUUUUUCGUCUACGUUGGCGACUGCAAUUUUUUUUUCUUUGGCAAAGGCUAUUUUUUCUUUUAUGUUGACGAAUAUAUAUAUAUAUUCCUUCAUUGGCAACGGCAAUUACUUCUUUUUAGUUAGCGACAGAUAUUUCUUCUUUGUUGGCGACGGCUACUUUUUCUUCUCCUUUGGCAAGGGCUAUUUUUUCUGCUAUCUUUUUGAAAGAUAGUUCUUCUUCUGUGUUGGCAAUGGCUAUUUUUCGUCUAAUGUUGGCAACAGUAAUUUCUUCUUAUUCGUUGGCAAGAGAUAUUUUUUUCUUCUAUGUUGGGGAAAUAUAUAUAUUCUUCUUUAUUGGCGACGGCUAUUUUUUCUUCUUCAAUGGCGACAAAUAUUUAUUCUUUGUUGGCAACAGAUAUGUCUUCUUCUUUGUUGGCGAUGGCUAUUUCUUCCUUUAUGUUGGUGAAAGAUAUUUAUUUUUUGUUGGCGACGGCACUAUUAUCCUCAGUGUUGGCGAGAGCAAUUUGUUCUUCUCUGUUGGCAAGGGCUAUUUUUUCUGCUAUGUUUGUGAAAGAUAUUUCUUUUUCUGUGUUGGCAACAGCUAUUUUUCGUCUAAUGUUGGCGACAGCAAUUUCUUAGUUGGCAAGAUUUAUUUUUUCUUGUAUGUUGGCAAAAUAUAUUUAUUCUUCUUUGUUGGCGACGGAUAUUUUUCUUCUUCAGUGGCGACAGAUAUUUCUUCUUUGUUGGCGACAGAUAUUUCUUCUUCUUUGUUGACGACGGCUAUUUUUCUUCUUCAAUGGCGACAGAUAUUUUUUCUUCGUUGGCGACAGAUAUUUCUUCUUCUUUGUCGGCGACGGCUAUUUUUUCUUCGUUGGCAAGGGCUAUUUUUUCUCCCAUGUUUGCGAAAGAGAUUUCUUAUUCUUUGUUGGCAAUGGCUAUUUUUCGUCUAAUGUUGGCGACAGCAAUAUCUUCUUAUUCAUUGGCAGAAACAAUUUUUUCUUCUAUGUUGGCGAAAUAUAUCUAUUCUUCUUCGUUGGCGACGGCUAUUUUUUCUUCUUCAAUGGCGACAGAUAUUUCUUUUUUGUUGGUGACGGUUAUUUUUUUCGUCUAUGUUGGUGAGAGCAAUUUCAUUUUUUUUUCGUUGGCAAGGGCUAUUUUUUCUUCUAUGUUGGCGAAAUAUAUAUGUUCCUUGUAAGAAACAGCUUUUUUCCUCUAUUGUUGGGGAAAGCAAUUACUUCAUCUUUGUUGGCAAGGGCUAUUUUUUUCUUCUAUGUUGGCGACAGAUAUUUCUUCUUCUUUGUGGGCGACAGCUAUUUCUUCUUCGAUGUUGGCAAGAAAUAUUUCUUCUUUGUUGGUGACUAUUUUUUCGUCUACGUUGGCGACAGCAAUGUAUUUUUCUUCGUUCACAAGGACUAUUUUUUCAUUUAUGUUGCCGAAAUAUAUUUCUUUGUUGGCGACAGCUUUUUUCGUCUUUUGUUGGCGACGGCAAUUUCUUAUUCUUCGUUGGCAUGGGCUAUUUUUUUAUGUUGUCAAAAUAUAUUUAUUCUUCUUCCUUGGCGACGGCUAUUUUGUCUUCUUCAAUGGGGACAGAUAUUUAUUUGUUGGUGACAGAUAUUUUUUCGUCUUUGUUCGGCGACGGCUAUUUCUUCUUCUACGUUGGCGACGGCUAUUUCUUCUUCUUUGUUGGCGACAGCUAUUUCUUUUUCAAUGUUGGCAAGAGAUAGUUCUUUGUUGGUGACUGUUUUUUUGUCUACUUUGGCGACAGCAAAUUAUUGUUCUUCGUUGACAAGGACUAUUUUUUCUCCCAUGUUUGCGAAAGAUAUUUCUUCCUUUUUGUUGGCAAUGGCUAUUUUUUGUCUAAUGUUGGCGACAGCAAUUUCUUCUUAUUCGUUGGCAAAAACUAUUUUUUCUUCUAUGUUGGCGAAAUAUAUCUAUUCUUCUUCGUUGGCGACGGCUAUUUUUUCUUCUUCAAUGGCAACAGAUAUUUCUUCGUUGUUUAGCGACGGCUAUUUCUUCUUCAGUGUUGGCGAAAGAUAUUUCUUCUUCUUUGUUGGUGAUGGUUAUUUCUUCUUCUUUGUUGGCGACAGCUAUUUCUUCUUCAAUGUUGGCAAAAGUUCUUCUUUGAUGGUGACUAUUUUUUCUUGUACGUUGGCGUCAGCAAAUUAUUAUUCUUCGUUCGCAAGGACUAUUUCUUCUUUGAUGGCGACGGCAAUUUCUUCUUCUUCGUUGGCAAGGGCUAUUUGUUUAUGUUGUCAAAAUAUAUUUAUUCUUUUUCGUUGGCGACGGCUAUUUUUUCUUCUUAAAGGCGACAGAUAUUUAUUUGUUGGUGACAGAUAUUUCUUCGUCUUUGUUUGGCGAAGGCUAUUUCUUCUUCUAUGUUAGCGACGGCUACUUCUUCUACGUUGGCGACAGCUAUUUUUGCUUCUUUGUUAACGAUGGCUAUUUCUUCUUCUUUGUUGGCGACAGAUACUUCUUCUUUGUUGGUGACUGCUAUUUCUGUUUCUUUGUUGGCGAGGGCUAUUUCUUCUUCUACGUUGUCGAGGGCUAUUUCUUCUUCUACAUCGGCGACAGCUAUUUCUUCGUCUUUGUUGGCGACUGCUAUUUCUUCUCCUGCGUUGGCAACAUGUAUUUCUUGUGGUCUGGCAUUGAAACUCUGAAUGGAAACAAAAAAAGAAGAAGGAUUCCAGAUGUCCUGAUUCACAUCAAUGCUUGAUGCUCAACCCUGGUCAGUGAACUGUACUUAAUACUAAUCACAAUCUGUUUAUUUCCGUCUUUAAAAGAAAAAAAAUGCCAUAGAUUUGGACUAAUUGUUGACUUUGGGCAGAAUGUAACGCACCACUUGAACUGUGAAAGCAGUAGUGGAAGAUGGCCUUACUAAUGACUAAGUAUUUAUUUUCAUGUUUUGACCACAAGUAAAUUCCCAGAAACCGCGAGCAGGAAGCCAACUGAAGAAAAAAAUGAGGGAAUGAGUGAUUGGGACGUAGUUUGGAGCACAAUUGUGUGCCUUAAAAGCAAAAGUCAUCCUCAGGUCGUAAAAAGGCGACCACAGGAGGAAACGUGGAAGGCCCAAUGAAAGAUGAAAAUUGUUCCGUCUUCUGUUGUUGUUGUUGUUGUUUCAAUCACACGGUUUUAAGUUUAAGUCUGACUUCAAGGGAAGUCUCCCAAAGAUAUGUCUGGAUGUACUCAUGCAAAUAUUGUCUAAAAGUCUUCAGAAUUCCAGCAGGAAUAAGCUGACAUGUCAUUUUUAUGCGCACUAUAAAUUAAUUCCAAACAACACUUUAACGUCGGCGACAUAGUUUUCAAUUGUACACUCUUGAAUGAAUGUAAAUAUUUUUCAACAUAUAAGAUUUUUUAUGAGCGACCACUUCACCUUGCAAGGUACAUUGUACUCUACGUGUUUUAUUGUGUGCCUCAAAUACAGACGGGUGUCGUACACAGGUGCACUUUUAAGGCUUUCCAACCAAACCACCCCUUAUAUAUUAUCAUACCGUCUAUAUAGUAAAGUAUAUUAAUAUAAAAGCUGUCCAAGUUACCGCCAUAUUAAAAAGUUCACACUAAUUUCUUUCGGUGGCACUAUUUUUUUUUUUUUUUUUUUACAUGCGUUUAACGUGUGUGUGUGUUUGUGUGUUCAGUUUGUGUGGAGCUGUUUUUAAAAAAGCAUAAUGUUUAAUAAAUAACUUUUGCAUAAAGCAAACAAA